AAAACUCAGAAAUGAAGAACAUAAGAUGGUUAAUUAUGAACAGAAUUCACCAUACGAAGUAGAGGUAGAAGAAGAAAUUGUAUAUGAAAAUGGAGUUUCUCAUUCAUUUUGGUUUUUUGCCAAUGCAGAUUACGAAAGUAUUAAACCUGCUAUGUGGAUUCCAGACACACCUAUAAUGUAUUACUUUCUUAGCAAUUUGGGAAAAAAGGUUGAAAUACCUUUAUUAAACAAAUGUUUUAUAAAUAAACACACAGUCUACUCAAUUAAAGGUACUAAAAGCCUUUUACAAAUUAUCAAUGAAGGAAAAUCUAAUCCCGACUUAGUGAUAAAAGCGCAAAAAAUAGAAAAUGAAUGA